AUGGACGGACAGAUCCUCCGGAACGUGGGGAUGGAAUACUGUGUGGCGCUCCCAGCUCUGAGCGGGAGGAGCUGCUGGAUAAGGACAGGGCUCUCGUGCAGCACGGACACAGGAGGGCCCGGCCCCGCCCACCCCCCGCGAGCGCAGGGUGGGGGAGGGAAGGAAAAAACCGUCAGAUCAAUUCAAACAUUCAAAUUCCGAUCAGUUGAGGCGGCUCGAACUCCUGCGCAAGCGCGGUACUCUCGUGCAGCACGGACACAGGAGGGCCCGGCCCCGCCCACCCCCCGCGAGCACAGGAUAUUCGAAAGGCACCUGCAACCUUGUGAAUUUUUCUCACCGACUGACCUCUUCAGACAGAUCAAAGAGCAGAGGGAGGAAUUGGGAAAAAUCAUUGACCUUACCUUUACAAAGCGUUACUAUGAUCCUCAGGAGCUGCCAGAAGGUUUGGUCUACAAGAAAAUUUUCACUGCUGGUCAUGAAGUGCCAACUGCAAAAACCAUCUUGACAUUUAAACAAGCUGUCCAAAGCUUCCUGUCAGAUAACAAGGAUAACGAUAAACUGGUUGGAGUUCAUUGCACUCAUGGAGUUAACAGAACUGGCUAUCUCAUUUGCAGGUACUUGAUCGAUGUGGAUGGGAUGGAGCCUCACAAUGCAAUCAAUUUGUUCAAUCAAUCGCGAGGAUACCAAAUAGAAAGACAGAAUUAUAUACAGGAUCUUCUGCAGGGGCCAUGCCAGAGCAACAAAGGAAUUGGUGCACGGGGUGUAAAGCAGAAGGAAUCUCACAUCCAACCACCCAAAUUCAAGCAGCAAAAGAGACCUUCAAAAGGGAAAUACCCCAAACCGAACGGUUUUCGUGAGUUCAGCCAAUUCACCUGCCCACCAAGACAGUCUGCUCAUCCUUUCCAGCCUGUGCAGCAUCCCAAGGGACAAGUACUUGGGGCUGGUGCUUGGAGCCAAACCAUUCAGUCCAAUGGGAAAACAAUGUUAUCUUCCAAUCGUGAUUAUGGAGAACAGGAACUUGCCUUGAGGAAUUGUCAAACCAAGACUCCACGGUGGGGCGGUCAGCCAGAGGCCUCACGGUGGAGUGGUCAGGCGCAGGCCUCACGAUGGGAUGGUCAGGCGCAGGCCUCACGAUGGGAUGGUCAGCCGCAGGCCUCAUGGUGGGAUGGUCAGCCAGAGGCCUCUCGGUGGGGCGGUCAGUCGGAUUCCUGGCAGUGGAACAGUCAGCCGCCAUGGCAGCACCAGAAUUAUCAGCAACCUUGGCAUGUUGGGAGGGGUAACAAAGGCUGGAAACUAAAUUCUGGCGCUCAGGCCAAGUUGAACACACAUCUUCGGUGGGACAACUGAAAUGUGAAUUGCAGAUAUUUUAAUAAUUUUAAUUUGCUAUGUGUGAACACAUUUCGCAUUGCGAUUUUAAAGACUGCUUCAUUAUGAAGCGUUGUUUGAGAUGAAAUAGAGCAGUUGAAUGGGAGCUGGUCUGGAUUUGAGAUCAGUGUCCUAAUGUUUCUCAUCAGUUGAUGCAGAGCCUGUUGAAUGACAUGUCUGAGGAUCUUCCUUGAUUUCCUGAGACCACUGCACUGUGCCAGUGAUCGUCCUGCCCCCGAGUUCGCCAACUAAAACUUUUCAUAUCUCACAGCCACAACUUUGGAAGCCCUUUGUUUCCAGUUAUACUCAGCAAGCCCAAGGGGAAUGGGGGAGGGAGGGACAAGCAGAAUGAAUGUGCAGUCAGUAGAUUUGAAGUGAUGGGUGGUUUGUCAUUUCCCGGUUUCUAUCUGUGGCAUUUCACUGAAAACUUAUUUAAAUGAUAUUUAGGUUCUGGGACAAUGUAUGAUCUCCCCUGAGGUUUCACCUGGGCCAAUCAGAGAGUGAUGCACCAAAGUUGUCGAAUAUUAUAUUUCAAACUGGCUACCCUCUUCUAUUGUUCCUUUUGCAUGAUUUAAUUUUCAUUCCACUCAGCCGGCUUAAAACCUCACUGUGCAAAUUCCACUGCAUUAAGCUGGCUGUGAUCAGAGUCUCAUUUCUGAUCAGCAUCUUCUGGCUUCAGUGGAAUUCAGGCUUAGCUCCAAGCAACAUCCACUGCACCUCCUCUUUCCCCCUCCCACCCCCAACCCUCCGCCCCAAAAUCCCAAGGAGAAUCGAGACUUGGAGUUGCAGGUGACCAGUGCCAUCUGUGAGAAAAUUUUAAUUCUGCUGGUGGCUCCUUCUAGCAGUGAUACUGGAUAUUGUAUCACUGAGACCACAGCAGUGAUACUGUCAUCUUAAUUUGUGUGUUUUCUCCCUGGGCUUUCAGCUUGCAUUGUCAAAUGUGACACAGCUGAAAGUUUUUUUGUCUUUUUAAACAUAACUUGCCUGAAUUAAACAGAAAAGGCUAUUUUACCUUCUUCGUUGGCACAAUGCAGAACUAAAUUCAGAAAUAAAUGUGUAUCCCAGUC